CAAUUGUUUGUAUUUUUUCUACAGCAAUCGCCGCACUGGCCGUGUGGUCUGGAAGAGAAGCGAUUUUUCGAGAAUUAUUAUCCAGUGUUUUGAACUUCAUUCAACCUCAUCCAACUGCACUCCGCAAUGGAAACUAUAGCAGAGCAGAGUGAUGUUUUUCCGAAGCUGAACGUCGAGGAAGAGCCCGAGCUAAGUGCUACUGAAGUGGAAUCCAUGUGCAUGAACUGCCACGAAAAUGGCACUACGCGUUUGCUCCUCACCCAGAUCCCUUUCUACAAGGAGGUGGUGAUAAUGUCGUUUUCCUGUGACCACUGCGGGUAUGAGAAUAACGAAAUUCAACCUGGUGGUGAAAUUGCACCGAAAGGUAUCGAAUUCCGUACCGAGAUUGUGACGCCCCGUGACCUGAACAGGCGUGUGGUGAAGUCGGACUUUUCGUGCAUACGCAUUGAGGAACUUGAUUUUGAAAUUCCGGCUCAAUCGCAGAAGGGUGAGGUAACAACGGUGGAGGGUAUCAUCGAUCGUGUGGUUCGAGGGCUGGACCAGGAUCAGCCCGUCCGUCGGAUACAGCAUCCGGAAGCGGCGGAACAGAUUGAUGCAUUUAUCAGCAACUUGCAGAAGCUGAAAGAAUUGGAACGACCUUUCACUCUGACGUUAACGGACAUUUCGGGCAACAGUUUUGUGGAAAAUCCUAACGCUCCGCAAAAGGAUCUGGCUACAACGAUAUCGUACUUUCAGCGGACGAAAGAACAAAACCAUAUGUUGGGCAUUUUCGCGCAUGACGAAGUUGCCGAUAAACCGAGCAAUGAUGCGGUGGAGGAAUCCGUCAAGCUUGAAUCGGUGCCAGAGGAGGUGGACAGUCUGUUGAAACCAAUUCGCGAAGGUGCCUGGCCACUGGAGGAGCUCCAGGGUGAGGUGCUGCAGUUUCAGACGCACUGUCCCGAGUGUGCUGCCGCGUGCGAUACGAACAUGAAGGUGACAACGAUUCCCCAUUUCAAGGAGGUAGUGAUCAUGGCCACGGUUUGCGACAAUUGUGGUUUGCGCACGAACGAGGUGAAACCGGGCGGGGGCAUUGAAGAGCAGGGCGUGAAAAUCGAAGUAAGCGUACGUGGUAGGAUCGAUUUUGCGCGUGACGUACUGAAAUCGGAAUCCUGCAGCUUGCAUAUUCGCGAGCUGGAGUGCGAGGUCGGUGCCGGUGCGCUGGGUGGAAGGUUUACCACGAUCGAGGGCCUAUUGACAGCGAUGCGUGAGCAGCUGGUGGAAAGUACCGGCAUGUUUAUGGAUUCGAAUGACGCAGAAACGAAAGAGCGAAUGGAUAAGUUCUUUGGCGAACUGGACGCGGCUAUCGCUGGCGACAAACCGCUGACGAUAGUGAUGGAUGAUCCCACUGGCAACAGCUACGUGCAGUCACUAAACGAUGAUGGUACACCCGAUACGGCAUUGCGGAUCAUUCGGUACCAUCGAUCAUACGAUCAAAACGAGGAGUUGGGUUUGAACGACAUGAAAACGGAAAACUACGGUGAAGAAGCAAAGACAGAAGAAGCGGAUAAGAAGGAGAACUGCUGAACGAGGUCUUACAGAAUCGUAAUACAUAACGCGUGGUAAUAAUUGUAAAGUGGGUGGUUUUAUUGAAGAAUAAUAAAACACAAAUAAUGCGCUGCUUA